AUGGAACCUCUACCAAAUCCUAAGAACGAUAGACAAGUGAAAGACGUGGAACCCCCACCAGCCAAGCCCCUCAGCUUGGAGCUCCUCUACCCGAACGGCACGGACGAGCCGCCAGACUACAAAGCCCUGCGGGACCACCUGAAGAAGGAGGGGCGUAUCCGGAAGGAAGAUUGUCUAGACAUAAUAAAGAAGGUUAUCGAUAUAGUGAGCAACGAGCCAAACUUGCUCAGACUCCAAGACCCAAUAACCAUAGUGGGAGACAUACAUGGACAAUACUACGACUUCCUAAAGUUGCUAGAAGUGGGAGGAAAUCCAGAAACAACACAGUUCCUCUUCCUCGGGGAUUAUGUCGACAGAGGUUCCUUCAGUAUAGAGGUCCUCUUACUCCUUUACGCCCUAAAGAUUAACUUUCCCAAUAGAAUUUGGCUAAUAAGAGGAAAUCACGAAUGUAGACAGAUGACCUCAUUCUUUAACUUCCGAGACGAGUGUGAAUACAAGUAUGACAUGGUAGUUUACUAUGCGUUCAUGGAAUCCUUCGAUACCAUCCCCUUGUCGGCUGUAAUAAAUGGAAAAUUCCUUGCAGUUCACGGAGGGUUAUCCCCACAGUUAGUACUGCUCAAUCAGAUUUGCUCCUUCACAAGAUUCCAAGAACCUCCCAGGUCAGGGAUCUUCUGUGACAUCCUAUGGUCUGACCCAAUUGAUGAAGAUAAGGAGGAACACACCAUCCAGACAGAGUCCUACUUUCCUAACGAUAUUAGAGGGUGCAGCUACUUCUUUGGAUACAACGCAGCCACGACCUUUUUGGAGAAAAAUGGAUUACUCUCCAUUAUAAGAGCCCAUGAAGCACAAUUGGAGGGGUACAAAAUGCACCAGACGAAUUUAAAGACAGGGUUCCCCAUCGUCAUCACCAUUUUUUCAGCACCAAAUUAUUGUGACGUCUACAAUAACAAAGGGGCGGUGCUAAAGUUCGAUAGCAAUACCCUCAACAUACAACAGUUUAGUUUUUCACCCCAUCCUUAUCACCUACCGAAUUUUAUGAACCUGUUCACCUGGUCACUUCCCUUCGUCAGUGAGAAGGUUACGGAAAUGCUUUACUGCAUUUUAAACUCCAGCGUGAACCAGUCCGAUGAAGCAGUGAAGGACGUCGUCCUUCCUACAGAGGUUCUUCAAAUAAUAAAUUACAUCGAGGAGAAUAAUAUGAAGCUGGAAGAACUCAGUCUCCGAAAUGGGGUUGCUAAUCACGGGGAGGGUAACGCCACGGAAGGGGCAUCAUCCUCCCAUAAGAAGGAAGCCAUUUUCAAGGAUGGCUGCUUCCAUAGUGGGGCAUCCAAAAAGGGGGAAACUGUAGGCGGGUCUACUAACCAGAUGCAUACCCAAGCGGAGCAACCUACCCACCUGCACACAGAUGACGCGCAAACUUCGAAGGAACGGUCGGAUGCCCUCAGGAAGAAGGUCCAAUCUGUUGGCCGUCUCAUGAGAGUAUUUAGGACGCUCCGCAAGGAAAACGAAUUGAUUGUGCAGCUCAAGGGGUGCAGUCCUGGGUAUAGGAUCCCCGUGGGUCUCCUCCUCCAGGGCAAGGAGGGUCUGGAGAAUGAGUUGGAAAAGUUCACGAAGGCCAAGCAGAUCGACAGCAUAAAUGAGAAGCGCCCGCCGAACGAGUAG